ACUCAAGAGGACAACAAGUCAAACCGAUAUAGAAUCAAGGUUAGUGGGUUUGGCUUGUUUAGUGACUUAGGUUUACCCGCGCAUCCGGUACAAGGCCGAAACGAUAACGGCUUUCUGCUGAUUGCUGAAUCAUCUGCGUCGUCAUCUUCGUCGUCAAAUGGAUCCAUCACCUAGACGCAGCAAAUAUGUUUUUGAAAAGAAUCCCCUUUUCUCAUCAUCUUCAUCCAGUUCGUCUGAUGACAAUCUCUUUCUCACAACAUUUUUUCUAGCUGCAAAGGCGAUUGUUAAAUCUACUAAAGUGCUUCUUGGAGAUACUACAAGUUCAAGUUCAAGCCGCAAUGAGCUUCUUGAAGAUACUGCAAGUUCAAGUUGCAAUUCGCUUCUUCAAGAUACUGCAACUUCAAAGCGCAAGGAGUUAAAGAUGGAUGUUGCGACUUCUACCAUGGAAACAGAUGCCCCAGAAAAGAAUCUCAAUAAGUGGGAUUUCACCUGUGAUGUGGAAGUGGAUUGCAAGUCUGAGGAAAACGCUUACAUCAUAUAUUCAACACUCAAUGUUGACAAAGAGCUGCAACCAGAUAAAGUAAGGAGGUUGAUGUCUGUCUCUAAUGGAAAACUUUCAGUGCGUUUUGAGGCAGUUGAAGCUAGAUUUCUUCGGGCGUCUUUUAGUGCAUUUAUGGAUGCUUUGACAUUAGCAACGAAGACAAUUGAACAAUUUGGUAAAGAUAUGGAACUAUGACAUGUUACAUGUGUGUUCAUUAGAUGGAAUUGUAUAACUUGGUAUUUGUGGAAUUUAGCUUCUUGAUUAUAGGAGCAUAAUGGAAUUUUUUUUUGUUAAAUUACAAGCGUUUAUAAAUUCUGUAAGCAUACUUGCUUGCUUGUUUUGCAGGUGUUUUAGUGUAUUGUGAUUUAUGUG